GAGUAGCCGUGUACCUUCAGCUGUGGAGUACGCCAACGUACAAAUGCGACACAAGCCGACGCCCAACGGCAACAUGAACGGCAAUGUAAACGGCAACAGCAAUGGACAGUACCAUCCUAUGACCAGGCAUACUUUGCAGGCGUUGAGCGCAGCACCGACGCCCAAGCUAAUCUCCAACACGGAUUGGCUGCAGGCGCGCAGCAGACACCCCGCCAAUUAUAACUACCACCAGCACUGGCUCAUACAGGAGGCAGAACAUCGUCGGAUAGAGGAACAUAAGAACAAAAUGCGCGCCAAUCAGCGCCACUCCUACCACGACGGUCAUAGCGUGCCCCACGUGCCCCACAGCGUACCUCACGUGCCCCACACAGUGCCCCACAGUCAGCCAAUCUUGCCCCAAACUCCACCCUACAACAUGCCCCCGAGCAAGCCACAUGCACAUCACAACG